AUGGGUCACUCAAAGAAGAUGCAUGUGCCACUACUUGCUUGUGCACUAAUCAUUUCUUCUCUUUUCACAUCAGCUUUGGCCGCCGCCAUAGGCAGUACACCGAGGAGGCAGUCAGACAGCCGCGACUUCGACCCCGUCUAUCUCAAGGCGCUCUUCCCCGAGGGGCACAUUUCCUCAGAUACUUCUGAUCUGCAGUAUGGUCUUAUCACCGUCGGAGCCGACUCCAAGUCUGGCGCGGUAGACCCUAUCAGCUCGGGAUCUGGCGUUCUUCUGGCUGUUGGUGAGUCUCAUGGACUUACCCAACUCCAGAAAAGAGAUGGCCAACCAGAUCCUUUUGUUUUCCUUGACUGUCCCGCCAACGUACUCGACCAACCAGUCAACAAAACCCAGAAGGCUAGAGUCGUCUGCAAAAGUGAGGACGUCGAUGGCUGCUUCAGGGUGAUGGAGCGUGGAGUGGAAGGCACUUUGGUAGAGAUGCCAGAAGAGUGUGCACCGAAUUCGUUUGCUCGAGCAAUCUCUCUAGAUCUUGCUGAAGACCAAACUAUGCCAGACCACCUGGCUAAGCUAUAUAACCCCACGUCCCCGAUAUACGAGUUUUCCUUCGACUUCAACAAAGAGAAACGGCGAGUCGACGCGGAAGUAGCCAUACGAAUGGAUUUGACAAACGUCAAAGGACACUGGGACGGUCUUGUCAACUCUCCCGGUGUUGAGAAGCGCCAUCUUGAGCGCAGAUACUUUUCGCCUGCAAACACUGACUGGAAGGAGAAUUUACAGAAAGGAGACAGAUUCCAAUACGGCUCUGGUGAAAACUCGCUGAAAGUCCAAAAGGACUUAAGUACGCCGAUCUUUUGGCAAGCCGCCGAGAACUGUUCUGUAGGUGAUAAACGCUAUGGUGAAGGUAUCGCAGCUUUCGUCAAGGGCAAGGUCGAUGCCAAAUUAUCCUAUGCCGUUACAGUCAUUGCAACCUCAACCAGAGGCACUUCGAGGGUCGAUGUCAAAGAGGCUAGUGGCUUCAUCAAAGUCACUGGUCAGACGGAUUUGACCUUUGGAAUUGGCGGAAUGGGUCGGCUUGAUAUUGUCAUGGCCAAAAAGGGCAACCCUGCCAAGAGCGAGGAACACUGGGAAGCCUUUCAAAGACACACGAUUAGUGCAGGGGCUUUUUGGGGAUACAUGAGCCUCACUCCCUUCAUCAAACGGCAGACCUUUUUGGCCACGUCUCACAUGAAUGAGACCCCAUCCAAUGUAUCUGGUCACGCGGCGACCUUGAAUGGACGCCUGACUACACGAGUCAAGACUGAGUUGGGCGACUUUCCAGCCUCGUUUCCUCACGUUCUAUUUCCAGACGAGAUGCACAGUCUUAGAAAGGACCACAAGGAAACCGAGAUGGAUAGUUUUGAGGAUGACAUUCUUUAUGGGGACGGAGGCGAGAGAGGCAGCACCAUACAAAUCGGACAUAAUCUCACUUUUGGGCUCAGCUUGAGUUUUGGCAUAUACACCGAUGUACAGGGUCAGAAACCAAAUGGCGAGUCCAGCUCUGCAUUUUUACUUGUCACCAGCGAGACAUAUGCCACUUGGGAUAUCCCACCAGCCAAGAACGACCAAGUCUGCCCUUAUGCAACCGCCUCGAGUCUACUUCGACAAGGGGUAGCCGGCAGAGAAUUUCUCGGCUGGAAAAAGCACGACGGGUCAGCUCUACUUUUCGUUGACAAAGAUGCGCCUUAUCACCAACCCUGCUACUCCACCAAGAGUGGGCUAGACAACCAUAGAGACGCCUUUGGUUAUACGCACCUCAGGCCCAGCAAUGCACUUCGCCACGGCGCCGACCUCUUUGUUGAACAAAGAGUCGAUCAAAAUCUCGGCCGCAUCAACUGUGAUAAUGGGCAAUGCGGGUCUUGUCUUAAUAUGGAACCUAGUCGAAUAUGA